AUGGACUUCUGCUAUUCAUGCAGGCAAUUGGAUAUCUCUCUUUCGAGUUUCAUUUCCCACCCAGGAACGGACGAUAACCCGCAUCUCAAAGCCCCGAUAUACUCCUUAGGCACACUUGAACAAAUCAGCGCCCGCAUCAAGGGAUGUCAUCUCUGUCGAUUAACGUUCGCAGCCUUUCGGAACGGUCCAUUGAGGAAUAUUAAUAGUUUAUCGGAUCUUUCUCAAAUCGCAAUAUUUGGAACCUGGAUUAACGCUCUCGGGCCAAGCAGAGAGCAGCGUCUGAAGAGCUCGGCCUUGUCGAUCCUUGUCUGGCCGGAAUCGCCACGGAUACCACAAGCGGCAUACAAGCUCGUGAUUCGCGCAGUGUCUCGACUGCUUCCAGACCAACCACAUUUCGGUCGGCUUUCGUCAGUAAAGUCGGAUUUCUUAGACUUCGAGCUUAUCAGGCGCUGGCUUCAACAUUGCGAGAAAAACCAUGCAACUUGCCAUGGGAACAACAACGAUCUUUUAGUCAAGCCAACGGAGACAUUUAUAGUGAUUGACGUCAAACAGGAGUGUAUUGUUCAUGCACCAGAUAACUGCCGGUACAUCGCGCUUAGCUAUGUCUGGGGAGACACUAUCCAGCUCACCUUGAGUGGUGAAAAAUUCAAAGAGUUCUCCCAAAAACAUAGCUUGAGAAACGUUCAGCUACCACAGACCGUAUCAGAUGCAAUAGAAUUGGUUGAGAAGCUAGGUGAACGAUAUCUAUGGGUCGACGCUCUAUGUAUCGUGCAAGACUCGGAUGUCAUUCGAAGACAGUGUAUAGAGGACAUGGAUAGAAUAUAUACCCAAUCGUUGCUGACCAUCGUUGCUGGAACGGCCGAGAAUUCCAACUCUCCUCUUCCUGGAGUAACAGAGAAGCGGACAUGGCGCCAAUGGGGCUCGCAAAUCUCGCCGAAUCUUGCUCUUUCCCUUCAUUUUGAUUUUAAAGACUUCCUGGACUGCUCGACGUACAACCAGCGAGCCUGGACGUUUCAAGAGUACCAGCUGGCAAACCGACUGUUGGUUUUUGCUUCGAAUGGUCAAGUGUAUCACUCAUGUAAAGAAGCGGUAUAUUCCGAAGAUGUCGUUCCCGGAAAGACGCUAGAGUCGGAUGCGGCCAUGCAAGAUGGAGCAGAAUUAAUCAAACUGCGCCCGGAUAAUUGUUCUCUGUGGAGCACUUAUCGUCGAGGGGUCCAGACCUUCUCCUCUCGCAGCAUGACACAUGAGCGAGAUAUCUUGAAUGCAUUCAGAGGGAUACUGAGAAUGAUUUGCCCUGGACGGACACUGGAAGGGUUGCCGGUCUCGAUUUUUGACAUGGCGUUGUUGUGGCAGCCACGGGAACGCCUUACACGUCGGGUUGGAUUUUCCACCUGGUCGUGGGCUGGUUGGCUUGGCAAAAUCCACUGGUUCGACGAUGGGUCUCUCGAAGGUUCAAUUGAAAGCUCUGAGACUCAAAAGGUAGAGGCGUGGUUGAAGGAGAAAUGUUGGAUUGUCUGGUACAGCUCCUUCGGGACAAACGCUAAAUCGGCGAUAUACCUCAGGGAAGGUCCACCAUGGUUGCGAGGCUUCUCCCCAAGUGCGACAGACCAUGGUAGACGAUUUGGAUUCCGGCCCCGUAACUUCGCACCAACCCCAGACAUGCUUCCCCGUCGUCUUGACAAGCUCGAGCCCCAGCGAAAGCAUAUCCGUUACCUUCAGUUCUGGACAAUCUCUGCGUACUUCAAAAUCGAGCCCGAUACAUCUGCGGUGCUCAAGUUCUCUAGCUUCGACCCGGAGAACACAGGGAAUGGCUUACGCCUCUUCCUUCUUCGUGACGCAAGCGGACAGACUUGCGGGUGGGUCUUGCUAGAUGAAGGAUGGACGGAGAGGGCGGCUAGGGAGGAUGUUUCGCUGCAGGAGUUUAUUCUACUAUCUGAAGGACAGAAUCCCACCACAGAGCGUUCACCGUAUGUUGUUCACCCGUCAAACGGUGGAGAGCCAGUAAACGAUUUCCAAGAGUUCAAUGCAGUGAUGAUAUCUUGGACGGGAGGCAUAGCUGAGCGAGCAGGAUUGGGAAGGAUUGUCAAAGGUGCUUUGUGGCGCACCUGUAAAAGAGGGAUGAAGUGGAAAGAAAUACUAUUAGGGUGA